AUGUCCACCCUGCUAGACACUCACCCUUCCGGUUACCACCUAAGUACGGUCAUCAAAGCGGCCAUUCACCUCGCUUUCUAUGGCUUUCUCAGGCCCGGUUCCAUAGGAAUUCAAGGUAAAAUCCAUCACAUGAAAUAUGAAAAUUAUAUGAAAAAUAACUCCGGCUCGGUGACUGUGAUACUUCUGUCUGGAUUCCAGGAUUUACAUAGUUUAGGUUCCUUCUUUUUCCUUAUUUUGCUGCUCACCUACUGUGUGACCAUCUGUGGGAACCUCCUGAUCAUUGUGGUGGUGUCCUAUAGCCGAUCCCUCCACUCCCCCAUGUACUUCUUCCUCACACAGCUCUCCUUCUCAGAUAUCCUUCUCUCCACCACUGUAGUACCCAACAUGCUCCACGUUGUGUUGUAUGAAGGAGGUUUUGUGUCUUUUAUAGCUUGUUUGGUUCAGUAUUACUUUUUUUCAAUGUCUGAAAUAUUAGAGACUCUUCUCCUGACGGUGAUGUCCUAUGACCGGUAUCAGGCCAUCUGUAACCCUCUACGUUACUCCAUGGUCAUGAACCCCAAAUUUUGUCUCAGGGCCCUUGUGUUUUUUUGGGUGAUAAUUUUUGUUGUCAUUUUGAUGAUUUCCGUGACAAUGAGUCAAUUACAAUUCUGUGGACCAAGCACCAUCGACCAUUUCUUCUGUGAUCUGGCCCCGAUACUAGAACUUUCCUGCUCAGACACUUUUAUCAUAAAAACACAAAGUACAAUUUUUAUGAUCCCACUUGCAAUCUGUCCAUUCACAGUCAUCCUGAUCUCAUAUAUUUAUAUUAUCGUCGCCAUACUGAAGAUCCCAUCUACAACUGGGAGGCAGAAGACCUUCUCCACCUGUAGCUCUCACCUGGCCGUGGUCUCCUUAUAUUAUGGAUCCACAAUUACUAUCUAUUUAUUUCCAAACAAAGCCACAACAACUAAGAUCCUCUCCCUGAUCUACACCGUAGUAACUCCACUACUAAAUCCAAUAAUAUACAGUCUGAAUAAUGGAGAAAUUACUCAGGCUCUUAAAAAACUCAGAAUUCCACAUUGA